CCAGACUUGCCAGGAUGCUGCGGGGGGGCCUGCUUGCCGUAGUGGUGCUCAGCGUCAGCCUGGACCUGAGGACCGAGGCUGCCGGUUUGACCGAAAUCCACCAGGCAGGAUACUGCGCCUUCUAUGGCGACUGUGGCCCGAAUCCUGAAAUUGGAACUGGACUCAUCCCGCACAGAGUGCCAUGCCUUUCCAACACCCCGGCCCGGCUGCUCAAGGGCUCCCACCUCGACCGCUUCAAGAAGGUCUGCCCGAUGCUCUUCAAGGGAGACAGCAGCACCUACGGCUGCUGCUCGCUAGAGCAGCUAAACUCCAUGCAGAAUAGCUUCGCGCUGACCAAGGCUGUGCUGUCUCGCUGCCCAGCCUGCACGGAAAACUUCUCCAACAUCCACUGCCAGAACAUCUGCAGCCCAGAUCAGAGCCUCUUCAUCAAUGUCACCCGCUACUUCAACCACACCAUCCUCAACGUUCCCGUGAGGGGCGUGCUGGAGUUCCAGGCUUACUACAACCAGCAGUUUGCCGAGGAAGUCUUCCAGUCGUGCAAGGGGGUCAGGUUGCCAGCCACCGGCGAUUAUGUCUUGAGUGUGAUGUGCGGCAAGUACGGGGCGGCUGCGUGCAACACCCAACGGUGGCUAGAUUUCCAAGGCAACCCCGGCAAUGGGCUGGCCCCCUUGGCCAUCUCCUACCUCCUGAAAGCAGGGGACUGGACCGCUGAGGAGGAAAACAUUUUGCCACUCAAUAAAACAGUCUGGAAAUGCAGCGAGGCUGUCAACAAUAGCCCAAAGUGCUCCUGCCCCGACUGCGAACAGUCGUGUCCGGCCAUCCAGCUUCCUCCUUCCAAAAAUCAGCCCUUCCAAGUGGGCAGCAUGGACGGGAUCCUGUUUGUCUCCAUCGUUCUCUUUGCGGUUGUUGCACUGUUGUUUAUGUCCUUGCUGCUGUGGCAAAGAUGCUCCUCGUCCAAGAAGCAAAAGGCUCCCAGCAGAGAAGAGGCCGUGACGAAGUUGUCCGCCUCUGAGAAGGCGAGUCAGGCCAUGUAUGACUUCCUGGUGAAGGCCUUCAGCUGGUGGGGAAGGUGGGUGGCCUCCAACCCCGUCAAAGUCAUCAUCAUAUCUCUAGCCAUCGUGGCAGGACUUUCCAGUGGAAUUAUCUGGAUGGAACUGACCACAGACCCUCUGGAGCUCUGGGCCUCCCCAGACAGCCAGGCCCGGCAGGAGAAAGCCCUCUACGAGAAGCACUUUGGGCCCUUCCUCCGGACCAACCAAAUCAUCCUGACGGCCAAGAACUCCUCAAGCCACGUUUAUGAUUCCCUCUUUUGGGGAGAGAAGAACUUCAGUGGAGUCCUCUCCAAAGAGGUCCUUUUGGACCUGCUGGACUUGCAGACCAAGCUGCAGAAGCUGGAGAUCUGGUCUGAUAAGCAUCAAAGGAACGUUGCCUUGCAGGACGUUUGCUAUGCCCCCCUGAACCCCAAGAACGCCAGUCUCUCGGACUGCUGUGUCAACAGCCUCCUGCAGUUCUUCCAGAACAAUCGCACGCACCUGAAUGCGACAGCCGAGCAGACGGUGGGGAAGGAGAACGGCACCGUCGAUUGGAGAGACCACUUCCUCUACUGCAUCCACUCUCCAUCCUCUUUCCAAGAUAUCACGGAGCUCAAGCUGAGCUGUAUGGCAGACUACGGAGCCCCCGUGUUCCCCUUCCUGGCUGUAGGAGGUUACCCAGGGCUGGAGUACUCCGAAGCAGAAGCACUCAUCCUCACCUUCUCCUUGAACAACUUUCUCCCCAGCGACCCCCAUUCUGACUAUGUGCUUUUGUGGGAGAAGCAUUUCCUGGAGGUGGUACAGGAAUUUCAGAAAAACCACUCUGAGAAAUACACCAUUGCCUACAUGGCAGAGCGCUCCCUGGAGGACGAGGUCAGCAGAACCACCUGGGAGGACCUCCCCAUCUUUGCUAUCAGCUACCUGGUGAUCUUCAUAUACAUCACGGUGGCCCUAGGGGAUUACUCCAGCUGCAGGAACAUACUGGUGGAAGCCAAGCUGUCUCUUGCUCUGGGCGGCAUUGUGGUGGUCCUGGGGGCCGUGCUGUCAUCUUUGGGCUUCUACAGCUUCGUGGGGCUGCCCUCGUCCCUCAUCAUCAUUGAAGUGGUGCCCUUCCUGGUGUUGGCGGUUGGUGCUGAUAACAUCUUCAUCUUUGUAUUGGGACACCAGCAAUCCCAGCCGGCACCUGGGGAAACCCCGGAGCAGCACCUGGGGCGCACUUUGGGCAAUGUUGCCCCCAGCAUGCUCCUGUGCAGCCUCUCCGAAGUCGUCUGCUUUUUCCUGGGAGCCCUGACCCCCAUGCCUGCCGUCCAGACCUUCGCCCUCUCGGCAGCCCUGGCCGUCUUCUUCGCCUUCCUGCUCCAGAUGUCACUCUUUGUGGCGUUGAUGUCCCUCGAUAUCCGCAGACAGAAGGCCUCUCGGGUGGAUCUCUGCUGCUGCCUCCGAGUGCCUGAAUGUGAGCCUGUGAAGCGGCGCGAUGGACUUCUCCGCACAUUCAUGCGCAAGAUCUACACGCCACUCUUGCUGGGCAGCAGCGUUGUCCGAGUUCUGGUGGUGCUGCUCUUCACCCUGCUUUUCUGCGCUGGCAUCUACCUGACCUUCCACAUCGAAGUGGGGUUGGAGCAAGAACUGGCAGUACCCCAGGACUCCUACAUGUUGAAGUUCUUCCAAUUUUUCAACCAAUAUUUUAUGGUGGGCCCCCCAACUUUCUUUGUUGCCACCGGUGGCUACAACUACUCCUCGGUGCCUGGAAUAAACGGGAUCUGUUCCAGUUCUGGGUGUAAUGAUAACUCCAUGAUGCAGAAGAUCCAAAUGGCCACCAAGUUCCCCGAGAAGUACUUCCUGGCCAUUCCUUCUACCUCCUGGAUAGACGACUUCAUUGACUGGUUGAAUCCCAUAUCCAGAUGUUGCCGCAUUCACAGUUUUGGCCCUAACAAGGGCAAGUUCUGUCCUUCAACCAGCAACUCCCUGACCUGCACUUUCAGCAAAUGCAUGGGCAGCUUCCAAGGUAUCCUCCGGCCGAACAGAGAAGAGUUCAACAAAUUUCUCCCCUGGUUCCUCCAGGACAUGCCCAACCUCAAGUGCCCCAAGGGGGGCCUCGGGGCUUAUGACACAUCGGUGCACCUGGGGUCUGAUGGGCAGGUCUUGGCAUCCCGGUUCAUGGCCUACCACACCCCGCUGAGGAACUCCCAGGAACACACGGCAGCGCUGAAGGUGAUGCGGCAAUUGGCGGCUGACAUUACGGCUACUAUGAGGGAAAUCCCCGGUACUGAUCCGAACUUCCAGGUUUUCCCAUACACAAUCACCUACGUGUUUUAUGAGCAGUACCUGAUGAUUACCACCGUGGGCCUCAUCAACCUGGCCCUGUGCCUGGUGCCCACCUUCGCCGUCUGCUACAUCCUGCUGGGCCUGGACCUGCGCUCAGCCUUCAUCAACCUGCUGACCAUCAUCAUGAUUAUUGUGGACACUGUGGGUGCCAUGAACCUUUGGGGAAUCUCCUACAAUGCCGUCUCCCUCAUCAACUUGGUCACAGCCGUGGGCAUCUCUGUGGAAUUUGUCUCCCACAUCACCUUCUCCUUCGCUAUCAGCAAAAAACCUACCAAACUAGAACGCUCCCGAGAAGCCACCAUCAACAUGGGAAGCGCGGUGUUUGCUGGGGUGGCGAUGACCAACUUGCCGGGCAUCGUGGUCCUGGCGUUUGCCAAGGCUCAAAUCAUCCAGCUCUUCUUCUUCCGCCUAAACCUCAUCAUCACACUCUUAGGAAUGCUGCACGGCCUGGUCUUCCUGCCUGUCAUCCUCAGCUACUUUGGGCCUUCCAUCCGUAAAGCAGUGCCAGAGCUGCAGAUAAGAACAGAGAACCCCUCCAUCCCUUUGGAAGGCAAAGAAGCUCCUAGCAUUGAUCAGACGUCUCCGAAUACUCACAGCCAGGAUCCAGCUCCAAGCCCCAAUUUAGACGAAACUGGCCUCUAGAAGUCUCCACAUCUGUCUGCAGGACAGAUCUUCCUGCUUUCCAUUGCAACACGCAAGGAACUGGUUUCCCAUAUCACUAAGCUAAGCCACUAGAUAGCUUAUUGGUGGCUUAGGAUGCUGUGUUAGCCUAGCCAAUUGUGUGACUUCCAUCAACAAAUCCUGGUUAAAGCAAGUUAGUGAGAUUUGAUGCAGCUGGCAGUGAGUACACACAUCGUUCUAAGCCAUGGUUUAACAAGACUACUUAAUAAAGCUAUAGCUCCUUGGGUUCACAUGACAUGCUAAGCCACAUCUCUGUGUGUGCAUGUGUGUGCGUGCGCAUGCAUGCACUGUUGAGGAAGUCUUGAUUCCUGGUGACUGCCCAGCAGCUUUCUUGGCAGUUUACCUGACUUCUUCCUAGAGCUGAGAGAGAAAGGCCACCUCAGCCCUCCAGCUGGCUUCAUGCCCAAAUCCAGAGGUGGGUUCUAGCCGGCGUUACUGCCAUUCGCUUGUGGGUGCACUUUGUGUAUGCGCUGCACGUGCAAGCACAACUCGAUAAAAAAAAUUCUGCGCAUGCACAGAACUCAAAAACAAGAUAGCGGCGGCAACUGUGUCAACCAGUUCAGGGGCGUGGCCAGCCUGGGUUACUGCCGGUUCUGUGACCCAAACUGGCAUGCCACUAUCAGUUCGGCUGAAUUGGGCCGAACCAGAAGGAACCCACUACUGCCCAAAUCUUACUCCCUCCAUCGCAAGGCAGACCAAAUUAGGAAAGCAGGGCCUGUUAGUCAGUACUACUAUUAUUAUAAAGCAGAAUCUUCCUUUUGUAGCAGAAUCUUUCAAGACUGAAUAGGCCUCCCCUCCCUCCCUUUAGGGGGGACGGGAGGAUAUGAAGUAGAGAAAGAUCUGCCUGAAAUAUUUUCUCACUCUUGCCCCAACUCAGGUCUCUCUCUCUCUUAUCUGACCAUUACCUUGAUAGCUUUUCCUCCUGUCACUACAAAGCAGGACUAGAACUCCCAGUCUCCUGGCUCUAGGCUGGUGCCUUGACCGCUAUACCAAACUAGCUCGCAUGCCACUUUUUGCUUAAUGUGUCUCAACCCAGAGGGGCUUGCCAAAGAAACAGUGAUAUAUGUGUACAUCUAACAGAGCAGAUAUCCCCAAAUAACAUCCUUCAGAAUCUUCUAUCUGUAUCUGUUUGAUAGAAUACAAAUUCAGUUUCCACCUAGAAUGGGGGAACCUGGUCUGAAACAUUAAUCAACAAAGAAGAUCAGGCAAAUGAUUCUGAACCUCAGCUCAGAACUCAGUUACAACUGGACGAACCUGGAGUUUCUCGUCAGAAUUCUUUGUCCCAAAAAGUCUCUACCAUGGACAGUUGGUGGCACCUGGUUAAUGCUCAGCUCCUCAGUGUUGGACUUCUCUUUUGUAUUGUCACCCUGGCUUCCACAGACAACAGUAAGAACAACUCCCAGGUUAAAAAUGAGGUGUGUUCUCAAGUGUGCCUUAAAAUCAGAUUUCCAAUAUUAAGUUGGAACUUAUGAAUAGAAGACUGCUGAAAACUGGCUAUUAAAAACACAUAGCUUCAUGGAAACCUUGCCUGGCCCCAGUGGUGUGUUGACUCAAAGACAGAGAAUGCACUCUGCCAUUUUUACUAAUUGGCAGCCCAUUUAUAAGUACGAGUGGUCCAUAAGGCAGAUGUGCUUAACCCACAGGCUGCCUGUAUAAUAAAAUAUUCCUAAAUUAAACGGUAGUUUCUUGGGAAGAAUUUUUGACCUUACUGACAAAGCCGGAAGAAAAUAACUUCUGAAUUGAAACUUGACCUCUCCUGUAUUGGGGUCAGCCUCUAGUUUAAUCCAUUGACCAUGCGGACUGCUUUAAGAUUCACCUGACUCUUCUCAGGAGUGUUAAAUAUGUUAAAUACGUCUGCCACUCAAAAUGGAAAGAAGUUAUAAUGAUAUUUUAAUUCCUGUUUCAUACUUAUGGGGGUGGAGGGAGAACAGUCCUCAAAAACAUUUUUAAAGUGUUUUAUUUCUAUCCUUCAGUUAAAUGAAAUACCAAUAGCUUUAACAUGAAUUAUU